AUGUCAACUAUAGAAUCUCCGAAAUCUCCAGAUCAUACAAAGAUACAACCCAAAGUGGAGCACCAGCCACAACGAAUAGCACCUAAAGGCACUUCACCAAUACCCUCACACAAUACGAUACUACAACCAAAAUUAGAACCAUCUUCACAAUCAACGUCUCCAAAGUCACCUAAACAACAACACUCCAACCAAGAUCUUCAUCCUAAAGAUGGCCAACAGUGUUCCAACUGUGGCACCACCAAAACUCCGUUGUGGAGAAGAGCACCUGAUGGAACCCUAAUAUGUAAUGCAUGCGGAUUAUAUUAUAGAGCAAAUAAUACCCAUCGUCCUGUUAAUCUUAAACGACCACCAAAUACGAUCGCGAUUGCAAAAGAAGAAGAAGGGUCUUGUAAAGGGGAUGGAAGGUGUAAUGGUACUGGUGGGUCAGCCGCUUGCAAAGGUUGUCCUGCUUACAACAAUCGUAUUGUUGCCAAAAAAGCAUUGGAAAAAUCACCAAAGAAUGAUAUUCAAGGUGCCCGCUCAUCAAAAAACCUUGUAAAUAGUACUACGAGUGAAACAUCCAAGAAAAGAUCUUCCGAUGAUAAUGAAAACAAUGGUACCGGAGAAACUCGAGAAGAUGAGAAUGCUUUUGCUAUAGCUUGUUUUAACUGUGGUACAACGAUAACUCCGUUGUGGAGAAGAGAUGACGCAGGGAAUACGAUUUGUAAUGCUUGUGGAUUGUUUUAUCGAUUACAUGGAUCACACCGUCCAAUUAAAAUGAAGCGACCGACGAUCAAGCGAAGAAAAAGAAAUGUCUCGUCGUCACAAUCGCAUUCAUCAUCUGAUAAAAAAUCUAAAGAAGGGCUGCCAAAACUAGAAUUACACAAUUCUUCAAAAGCAUCUCCGAUAACUCCGCCACCACCACCACCACCAGCAUCAACACCAUCAAUAGCCAAGAAUGAUAACAGCACAGUAUCAACGACCACCACCAGUACAGUCACAAUGAAGCCAUUGGUGAACACAAUAAUAACUCCUCCAACUAAUUUUGUCACAUCAACCAGUGUACCUACUAGUUUACCAAGUAAUAGAAACACAACACCUCCAGUUUUCACCACAUUACCACCACCAAUUAAUUAUCCUUUGUCAUUACCAGGUGCUCCUUCAUCAGCAUCUAGUGGUAAUGCUGGAACAACGAUGUCUACAUUUCCACACAUUUCACCAUCGUUUUAUCCACCAUAUAAUGGAACAGGUAGAAUUCCCAAUGGUCCUGGACCACUUCCUGGACCUGCACCUAGUUUUGGUAUAAAAUUACCAGAAAUUCAAGUACCAGGACCACCUGCUUUGCCACCAAUAAGAAAUCAAAUAGGUAAAUCUAAAUGUUGUGAAGGAUGCAGACCAGCAAAAAGCAUAGUGCCCAUUGCAAUUGAUUUCACAGCUAGUUAUAAAAUUGACAAAGGUCAGAAUAAUGAAGGAACGAGUGCGUCUGAUACUAAGAAUGAUAGUGGUAGUGAUAGUGAAGAAACAGUUAAGAAAAGAAGAGCAUUAUCCAUUGGUAAGUUACUCAAUGGUUAG